GCAAGGAUGCUCCGAGGUGGGAAUGGAAGCUUCUGUGAGAACCAAAGCUAUACUUCUUCAUUUAUUGGCAAUCAAGUCAUUCGUUCUAUCCGCUUCUUCAUCCGUUUCAUCAGCAGAUUUCUUGCUCAUCGCAUAUUGAGCGAUUUAAACACUACGAAUAUGCAAUUUCCAUGAACAGACAUCGUAACGUCAAAAUCUUCAAUUUAGCUGUAUUAUCAUCUUGCUUCCGCAAAUCCGGUCUUCUGAAGGUAAUCAAACGAAUUAAUUGCUCUUAUUCUCUGUAUUUUAGCUCCAUGGCACCGCAAAUGUCUCAGGGCUCAAGUGAUUUUUCGAAGCUACGAGACCUUGAAAGCUGCUUUUUCAAGUGUCAAAAGCGGAUCUUAAGAGUCCUUUUGGAACUACACCCGAGAAACCUGAUUGGAGCCGGUGAAGACAAGAUGGGUUGUUUUAUUUCAAGGGGUGCCUGCGCUGCAUGCUGUACAACCCUCUUCAUCAUUGCCGGAGUUUGAUUUAUGGCAUCGUCGGCUGGGUCAUCCCUUAGACCGGGUUUUGAAAUUAUUGCCUAGUAUUAUUUCUAGUACUUCUCAAGAGAAAUUAAAUAAAGCCUGUGAAGUGUGUCCACAGGCCAAACGUGUUCGUGAUUCUUUCCCUUUGAGUACUAAUAAAGCUAGUAGAAUUCUUGAAUUGAUUCAUUGUGAUUUGUGGGGCCCCUAUCAGACCCCAUCCAUAGUCCACUUGCGAUGCAAUUUAUUUCCUUACAUUGGUU